GUGAUAACAAUUAAUAUUGAGUUGUCUAUAGUUUACUGAUUACUCAGUUAUCACUGUCUUUCUCCCACAGCCAUUGUUGCAGUUAGUUAAUGAGUGACUUUGACUGUCAUCAUGGAAGUCUCAGACUUGGAUACGAAAGGGCAUAGCAACACAAUCGAAUUCAUCGCUGUGAAGGAAGAGGAUAUUGAAGAAGCCAUAGAGGAGGAUUUGCAGGGAAUAAAAGAAGCUGUUGAAAAUACAGAUGAAGAGAAUUUUAUAUAUGUAAAGACUGAAGGAGAGGUAAAUCUAAAGCAAGAAAGUUCUUUCCCCGAAGUCCAUCAUCUUGGCAAGGAACCAGUUCGAAAUGACUCCAAUAUUUUGUGUGAAGAAGAUCCUUUGUCAUUAUCAGGCCCAUUUAGGGCUGAGGAUUGUGGGACUGUGUGCUUCACAGAUGGUGAUCAAGCAUUGUACAUGGGUGGUGAAGAAGUGGAUGCAAGGGAGGAGGGUAUAGGUUGUGAGGUGUGUGGCAAAAUAUUCCACUGCAAGACAAAACUUUUAUGUCACAUGAGAGUACAUGCAAGGAUAAAGCCUUAUAAUUGUGAGAUGUGCAUUAAGGUAUUCUCUAGUAAAAGUGGUCUAAUGAAACACAUGACAGUUGUACAUACAAAUGAGAAGUCUUAUAUUUGUGAAACAUGUGGGAGUGUUUUUUCUGGGAAAUAUACUCUUGCACAGCACUUGAGAAUACAUACAAAGGAGAAUCCAUAUAGCUGUGAGGUCUGCAGCAAGAUGUUCUCUCAGAAACAGCAUCUAGUGCAGCAUAUGAAAGUACAUACACAGGAGAAGCCCUACAGCUGUGAGAUUUGCAGCAAAGUAUUCUCUCAGAAACAUCAUCAGGUUGACCACAUGAGAGUGCACACAAGAGAAAAGGCAUUUGUAUGUGAUGUAUGUAGUAAGCCAUUUGCUUGGAAAUGUGAUCUAGUUGUACACAUGGGGGUCCAUAGCACAGAGAAACCAUUUAAGUGUGAGGUUUGUGGUAAAUCAUUUGGUAUAAAAAGUUACCUAGUAAACCACAUGAGAGUGCAUACAAAAGAGAAACCUUAUAGUUGUGAGACAUGCAGCAAGGCAUUCUCUCGAAAACAUCAUCUGGUGAAACACAAGAAAACACAUACAAGGGAAAAGCAGAACAUUUUGUCAACAGUACUUUAGUUGCUAAUAAGAGUACAUAAUAAAUAUGCUUUGGGAUGUUUCCUUUGAAGGCAUUAUCACCACAGAUAAAAUUUCCCUACUUCCAAAGAGCCACACAAAAUUCAUGUUCACUUUGCUAGAAGAAUGGAGUAUUGUGUGCACAAAAGCAACUCAAGAGUCAUUUAAUAUAUAUAUUCUAUGAAAUUCAAUUGGAAAUCUUUCAUUUGGAUAAUAAAACAAAAUACUUCAAUGUUUAGGUUUAGUAUUAUAUGAUACACAAUAGCAUAACAAGGAUGAACAUUGUAACCUUAUAAUCAUAUACAAUCACUUUUUUUUUUAAUCAAAAUUCCAGCUUUACCAUGCAAGCUUCUUUCAGCUAUUUCUAGAUCCAUACCCUCUUUUUAAACCAGGGUUCUCUUACCCUUGUGUAACUCUGAUCCAGACUCAACCUAGGCACACUCUCAGGAGGACAGGAAGUUGAUCCAUUUGCCUUGAUCCUAGGCAGAGAAUAUGCAGUCUUUUAGAACCUUAGAAAUGUGUUAAACAAUCCAUUGCAGAUAUAAAAUCAUCCUAGGGAGUGCAAAUAAAAUGUAAAGAAAAGGGCAGCUGGGCAUCUCAGACAGCUCUGGGACCAGGACCAUGAACUAUAACUUUUGAUGUGUAGCACAUCAAAUCAUCAACUAACCCCCUAUUUACUCUUCUCACUAUUAAACCUUUCUAUAGUGCUAUAUGACCUUUGCUGUCUAGCACAUUUAUUUUGCUGUGUAACCAUUAACCAUUUUGCUUGAGCUGAAGCAAAAAUCCUUGGGUAGUUGUAAGCUGUAACAUCAUUCGCAGUUAAUGUGAACUUGUCCCAUGUGCAAGGAAUUCCUCAGUACUGGUGAGACUUUGGAAUAGGUUGUAGAAAGUAGGGAAACUUUAUUCAUGUGUAAUAAUUCCUUAAAGGGUAUUCUAGUCUCUGUAUGAGGGAGGUCAUAUUACUGUGAUGACUGUAACAAGAGAAUCAACAGUGCCAUAUAGAAGAUGAAGCAGAAAUGUAGUGAACCACAAGUCUGAAUGUAAUGAUUUCAUAAAGAGAAUGGAAAUACAGUGAGUAAGGAAAUUAUUGUGAUGUAUUAUCAGUAGUGCCACUUAGAUACUGAUAUUGGUUCUAGUGAGUUUCAGUUGAAUUAUAUAAUGUCAUAAGUAUAAUUGAUAAAAUGGGCAAAAAUACUUAAUGUAUAAAACUAAAGUUAAUAUGAUGAUGCACUAGGAUUAUUACAGGUUAAAGGAAUGUAAGCAAUGGUGCCCUAAAAUGUCUAAUGUAGAAAAUGAAUAAAAUCAGAAAAAGUCAAUAUUUCA